AUGAAUGCAGUGCAUUCUCAGUGUUUAUGUACAUACACUCUCUCUCUCUCUCUCACACACACACACACGUUUUUCAUUAUUUUCAUUAUUUAUUCAGAAACAUUUAGGAUGCAAAGCAACAGUUUAAAAACCAUGGGGAAUGCAAACAUUUACCCUGGAUUGUAACCUGCACCUGUCAAAGUGGUCACACAAGUGGAUUCAAAGAAAUCCCGCCUCUUGGUGUAAUCCCGCCCUUCUAUUGGUUGACUCCACUGCACCUGUUUGCCGCUUUAUCCAAUCACAACUGGACGUGCCGUUUCAAGAUGGCGGCGUCCAUCGCGAAGUAUCAUCCUCUCACUUUUUGUUGACAAAAACAGCAGAACUGAAUCGCUUAAACAGUGCGAGCUCGUGUAAUGCAGCACACAAAAAAGAAGUGCACAGCUUUGAAUGUCCACCCCUGGAGGAAGCAUGUCUUCGCUGUAUGUUUUAAUGUUUAUUUAGGGAGAAAUACACGGCUCUGCAGCCAUGGCCGCCGACAAUAAAAUUCAUUUCUGGAGGAGGAACGCGAAGGGUCCCGGAAGGAUUCUGAAAGACACUCCAAAGUCAAACGCUGUGAGCGUCAAAUCAAAGAAGCCAUCCACUUUCCAUGAGUUUGCACGCAGCACCAACGAUGCCUGGGACAUAGACGACGUGGAAGACAGCGGGUUCUUCACUCCGACACACUCCACUUCUGUUCCUGUGCAGUCACACUCCACAGUCAAAGCACCCCAUCUGAAAGAGACCAAUCGUGUGAUGGAUAAAGAGCCAGAGCCAAGACCAGGGGACAGAUUGGAAGCAGGAAGCGGAGAGGUCUGCCGAGAUCAGCUGAAGUCUGACAGUGAUUCGGUAAAUGGCAGAGUGGUGAAGUCCAGCAGUGACGUCCAGCUGAACAGUAAUUCAGAGCGCAGCACUCUACAGAAGCAACAGUCUCUCCCCAUGCGUCCCAUCAUCCCUCUGGUGGCCCGCAUUUCAGACCAGAAUGCAUCUGGAGCUCCACCCAUGACCGUGCGAGAGAAGACCCGACUGGAUAAGUUCAGGCUGCUGCUGGCCAGUCCCAACACAGACCUGGAGGACUUACGGAAGCACAGCUGGUCAGGGAUCCCGAGAGAAAUGCGCCCCAUCACUUGGAGACUUCUAUCAGGCUACCUGCCGGCUAAUAUGGAACGUAGGGAGCUGGUUCUCCAAAGGAAGCGAGAGGAGUAUUUUGGCUUCAUCGAGCAGUAUUACCACUCCAGAACAGACGAGCACCACAGAGACACCUACCGACAGAUUCACAUUGAUAUCCCUAGGACGAAUCCGCUGAUUCCAUUAUUCCAGCAGCCGCUGGUACAGGAGGUCUUUGAGAGGAUUCUGUUUAUCUGGGCGAUCCGACAUCCAGCCAGCGGCUAUGUGCAGGGCAUCAAUGACCUCGUCACACCUUUCUUCGUCGUCUUCCUGUCUGAGUUUGUGGAGGAGGACAUGGAGAACUUUGAAAUGGCUGCUUUGCCUUUGGAAACACAACGCAACAUUGAAGCUGACAGCUUCUGGUGUAUGAGCAAGCUGCUGGAUGGAAUACAGGAUAAUUACACAUUUGCUCAGCCUGGUAUUCAGAAAAAAGUGAAGGCUCUGGAGGAGCUCAUCAGCAGGAUUGACGAGGACGUGCACCUGCACUUCCAGAAGUGUGAGGUGGAGUACCUGCAGUUCGCCUUCCGCUGGAUGAACAACCUGCUGAUGAGGGAGCUGCCGCUGCGCUGCACAAUCCGCCUGUGGGACACGUACCAGGCCGAGUCAGAGGGCUUCUCACAUUUCCACCUGUACGUCUGUGCAGCGUUCCUCAUCAAGUGGAGAAAAGAGAUCCUCUCCAUGCUGGACUUCCAGGGUCUGCUGAUGCUUCUACAGAACCUACCCACGAUACACUGGGGCAACGAGGAGGUGGGUUUACUCCUCGCCGAAGCCUACAGACUUAAAUACAUGUUCGCGGACGCUCCCCGCCACUACAAGAGAUGAGGACGUUCAGAACCGAGCAGCUACUCAGUACUGACUCAAUAACGAACACGAUGAAGUGACCCGACCCACAUUCUGUCUGUUUCUGUCCCGUCUGCGUGGGCGAGGCGUUCCUUUAAUCUUCUUUUACUUCAGCUUGAAUGAGUGGAAAUCCAGAAAUCCAGGCUGCUACUCGGCACCGGGCUGAACGUAUGGAUCAAAUAAACCGAAGGUCAAAAGUCCCUGCACUGGAAAUGAUCUCGGAAACUUCAUCUCAUCCUCAGGUUGUGUGUGUUUUGUUUUUGUUUUUUUUAAAUUAAUAACCAGAGACAGAGGAGGGAAAUGGAUUCUGGGCGGUUUUAUG